AUGCUUUCUAAAUUCAUUCCCCUUUUCCUAGCGGGAAAAGCCCUUGCGGAUAUUACCACCACAUACACACAUACCAACUACAUAACACCAGACUGUUUCAAGAGUCAAUUACUGACAAUAUUCCCUGAACAGAAUGGGUACCAAAAUACAAAUGGGUUUGAAGUUGUUAUAGUUUAUGGAGAUCAAGAGGUUGAUAAGCCUUCGCCUGUCACUUCUACUUCAGAAUUGAUCUACACAGUCAACACACAUUCCACAACUACUAAAACUGUUACAUCGUGUUCCAAUGGAGCCUGUACCACUGGCAUUGUUUCUCAAGUGAUCCCACACACAUACGCACUUACUACGAAAGUCACAUAUACUACCACUGGUGAAACAACUACCGCAAGUACCACACCUACUACAUCCAGCUCUAGCUCUAGCUCCAGCUCAUCUUCCACAUCUUCAAAAAAGCAAAAGACCUUGUAUGAAACUGACAAUGUUACCACCAACAUUAAAGUCCAUGCAACUGUCACCAAGUCUGCUGAAACAACCACCAAGGUUCUUUACUCUGCUUCCACUGUUCCUACAACAAUUUACAAGCCUAGUACCACCCUGGAAACCAUUACUCAAACCCAAAAGAACCCAUUGGUUACUCAAUCUGUUGUUUCAAAGUCCAAAUCUCAAACUAUAAGUAUUAGCGAUAUCACUAAAGGAGUAACAAUCAGCACCAAGCUGUCUUCUGACUCUUCGGUAACUCGUGCUACAUCUUCUUCAAUUCCGCACAGAUAUGCCAACACAACUAGUGCAAUUACUGGGUUCCAUAAUCAAACUGCUGCUGGUGCCCAACCUACUCCUUUGUUCAAGAACUCCACUACUUCUAAUGCGAUCACUGGGUUCCAAAACCAAACUGCUGCUGGUGCCCAACCAACUCCUUUGUUCAAGAACUCUACUCUUUCUACCAUUGAUUUAAGAGUUUCUCAAACGAAAACAUUGGCAAACAGUACUGUUCGUUUCUACAACACUUCUUUGACACAAUCACUCCCAACUGCCCUUGCUGGUGUAAAUGUGACUUCUAUUUCAAAUGGUAGUGUCAUCAUCCUCACCAGUUCCAUUUUGCCUACCGAAGCCACUGAAGUCACCAAGUUAGCUACUACUCUGACUUCCGCAAAGGACACUGUUGAAACUACUUCAACAUCUUCGUCGUUAUCAUUAUCAUCUUCUUCCUCAACUUCAACUUCAACUGGUUUAUCUUCUCCAACUGGAAGCCAAAGCUUCUCCGGAUCUGAUUCAAAUGGAUACACUGGUGAUCUUUUCGAUGUUAUCUCAACCUCAAACCCACCAUCAGUUUUCCCAAGAGCCAACCUCCCAUUAGGAAUUCCUUCCGGUGUUGACAAUAACGAUGUGCCUUACCAAACCAAUAAGUUCUAUGCCAACUUGUUCUUGGAUGACCAAACUGAUAUGAUUUGGUCUAACCCAUAUGGUUACUUCUGGAAGAAAAAGGACUACUAUGGAUUUGCCGUACAACACACCGACCCUAACGCGAGAGUAUUCGGUACGCCAGACACCAACAAUCCAAAUGUUUACUCCUACUUCUUAAACCCAACCAACCAAGCUGAAUUGAUUAUCUCUGCUACUUCAUUGACUUCUGAUGACAACUAUAUGUCUGUCUCUGACAUGAAGGAAAUGUCUGUAUCGGUUAAAUUAUCUCCUUCUAGCUCUGUUGGAAAUGACUAUAUUGAAAUCCCAAUCGUUCAAGGUAUGGGUUUCAUUACUUCAAUCUACCACGGUAAUUUGACUCCAUUGAUCAAUUCUCUUGUUGGUGUUAAGGACUUGUCUCAGGAAACAUCUUCAGCAUUACCAAGUAAUAUUUUGAAGUUCCGUGCAACUUUAUUCAGUGGUACAGAAUGGUUGAUCUACGUUACAUUACCAUCAGCUGGAACUACCAGCAGAAGAUCUCUUAACGAAUUUACAUUUGAUGUAACCUCUCCUUAUGCCAUCACCGGUAGUCAAUCUAUUGACGGUUUGAUUAUUCAAAUGGCCACUGCCCCAACUGAUAAGUCACAAGAUGGGUUUUACGAUGAAGCUGCUGGAUUAUAUGUCACCGAUGCCAAUGUUAAGGGAUCUGUCUCAAGUGGAACUUCCGCCAGUUACCUGUUUGACUACAGCACCAGUGGUAAAUCUUCUAGUGGAAGAACUCUUCUUUUUGCCUUCCCUCAUCAUAUUGAUGCAUUGACUGACUCAACCACUAAAUACAGCACAGGAAUUGUCUUAUCAUCUACUACUAAGGGUGAUAUGCAAGCUUACUUGACCAACCAACUUACAUUUGCUGAAACUUUGGCCACCGACAUCCAAUUUCUCCCAUGGUCCCAGACUUCUAAGUCUCCUCUCUCUUACACUGCUGAAGAACUUCAAUUGUUAGCCACUGUCGCCAAUGAAGAAUUGUCUGUUGAUAUUCCGCUGACUGUUGCUAACAUGGACUCUAACUACUUCUCUGGUAAGGUUCUUGACAAAUACGCUUACAUCUUAUUGGUUGUCAAUGAUAUCAUUCAAGAUGAAGAAGUAGCAAAGUCUACUUUGGCUGAAUUAAAGACUGCAUUUGAAACUUUCACCAAGAACAAGCAAUAUUACGGACUCAUGUACGAUACUCGUUACGGUGGGGUCACUUCUACUGCUUCUCAAAACGGUGACACUGGUGCGGACUACGGCUCUGGGUACUACAACGAUCACCACUUCCAUUAUGGUUACUUUGUACAUGCUGCUGCCGUUGUCGGUUAUGUUGACAAGAAAUUUGGCGGUACUUGGGCUGAAGACAACAAGGAUUGGGUAAAUUCUUUGAUCAGAGAUGUUGCUAAUCCUUCUCAAGACGAUAAGUAUUUCCCAGUAUCUCGUAUGUUCGAUUGGUUCUCAGGUCACUCUUGGGCUGCUGGUUUAUUUUCUAGUGGUGAUGGUAAGAACGAAGAGUCAUCCUCCGAAGAUUACAACUUUUCCUACGGUAUGAAGUUAUGGGGAAAUGUCAUUGGCGACCAAUCUAUGGAAUCUAGAGGUGACUUGAUGUUGGCCAUUACCAGAAGAGCUAUGAACAUGUACUUCUUGUAUACCAGUGAUAACACCGUGGAACCAGCUGGAUUCAUCGGUAACAAGGUUUCUGGUAUUUUAUUUGAAAACAAGAUUGCAUACACCACCUUCUUUGGUACUCCGGCUGAUAACCCAGAAUACGUCCAUGGUAUUCAUAUGCUUCCAAUUACCCCAGUUUCAUCCUUUAUUCGUGGGCCCAAAUAUGCUGCUGAAGAAUGGAAAGAUCAGGUCUCUACAUUUAUUGACAAAGUUGACAGUGGUUGGACCGGCAUUUUACGUCUCAACCAAGCUUUGUUCGACGCAAACACUUCAUAUGACUUCUUCUCUUCUAGCAAUUGGAACUCUGAACAUUUAGAUAAUGGCCAGAGUAGAACUUGGUGUUUAGCUUACUCUGGUGGUAUUGCUAACACAAACUAG